UCACAUCUACCCCGCGCACGCAUCCUCGCCCCAAACCCUAGCGCUCGCGCCGCCGCCGCCGCCCCACCGCUUUGCGCAGCAACUUCACCAUGAAGUUGAACAUCGCGAACCCCACCACGGGGUGCCAGAAGAAGGUGGAGAUCGAUGACGACCAGAAGCUGCGAAACCUUUAUGACAAGAGAAUCUCCCAGGAGGUAGUUGGUGAUCUUCUGGGUGAGGAAUUCGAGGGCUAUAUCUUCAAGAUCAUGGGUGGCUGCGAUAAGCAGGGCUUCCCAAUGAAGCAAGGAGUGCUAACUCCUGGGCGCGUUCGCCUUCUGCUUCACAGGGGCACAUCUUGCUUUCGUGGACAUGGCAGGCGUGUUGGUGAGCGCCGGAGGAAGUCUGUUCGUGGUUGCAUUGUCAGCCAAGAUCUAUCUGUUAUCAACUUGGUGAUUGUCAAGAAGGGCAAGAAUGAUCUGCCAGGCCUGACUGACACUGAGAAGCCUAGGAUGAGGGGACCCAAAAGGGCUUCCAAGAUCAAGAAGCUCUUCAACCUUGGCAAGGAUGAUGAUGUCCGCCAGUAUGUCAACACAUACCGCAGGUCCUUCACGAACAAGAAGGGCAAGACCGUGAGCAAGGCUCCCAAGAUCCAGCGUCUUGUGACACCCUUGACCAUCCAGAGGAAGCGUGCCAGAAUCGCCGACAAGAAGAAGAGGAUUGCUAAGAAGAAGUCUGAGGCUGCAGAGUACCAGAAGCUGCUUGCACAGAGGUUGAAGGAGCAAAGAGACCGCAGGAGUGAGAGCAUGGCCAAGAGGAGGUCGAAGCUUUCUGCUGCUACCAAGGCUCCUGCUGCCUCUGCUUAAGAUGUUUACAGUCUUUCAUUAGUUGGACAAAACUAUCAACCAGUUUCGGCCUUCAUUAGUUCGUAGUGGUCAUAUUUUGCAUGAACAUGGGUAUUUAUCGGCUGGAGUAUUUUACUGGAAUUUUAUGUUAGUUUCUACUCAAGUAGAGCUGUAAGCAACCAAGUCUUAUCUCAUCCAUUUGAAAUAUCCUAGUACUUUAUUUGCUGA